AUGAUCGCGCCAAAGAGGCAGAACCUGGCGGGCAACCCCUCCCAGAUCCUGCCCUCGGAGCUCAUUGACCGCUGCGUGGGCAGCAAGGUGUGGGUGGUGAUGCGCGGCGACAAGGAGAUUGAGGGCACCCUCAGGCGAGUCGCUGCAGGGUUUGACGUGUUUGUGAACAUGGUACUGGAGGAUGUCACAGAGUACGAGAUUACGCCAGAGGGCAAGAAGGUCACCCACCUGGACCAGAUUCUGCUCAACGGAAACAACAUCGCGGUGCUGGUGCCCGGCGGCAAGCCAGAGGACCAGUAG